AUGCAGUCGAGCGUUAUAGCAGAGCUAAUAGUCAAGAAGUCAGGACUACUGGCAGAUUUAAUUGUAAACUCUGCCUACUUUGUAUCAAGAAAGACUCUUUCCAUAGGCAUGCAUGUCAUUAUCCCACUUUCGACAUGUUUUUCAAUUGUGCCAGUUUUGGUUUUUCUGAUCUUCCUCAGAAUAAUUUCCUUACUCAUAGCAGUGUUGGCUGCUAUUUUGAUCUCACUUGGAUUCCACAAUGGGCUCAUCUUCAAGCUGCUCACUGCUGCCCACUUCUAUGCCAAGAAUCUCAAUAAGCUGAGGGCCUACUGUGCUCUUUCGAUGCCAGUACUGGAGAUAGUCUUUCUUCCACUUAUUUGGAUACUAAUGAUGGCGCUAUCAAUCAUAGAUGGUUUUAAUACAUUUAUAUACAGGGGGAUUGAACGUAAAUAUGCGAACAAGUGCGCAGACAGCCAGGAAGCCAGAGGAGUAUUUUUCUUGAUAGUCUGUCUAUUCUCACUUCCCACUGUCAUGGACACUCCAACAGAGUGUGUUAAGAAGCUGCUGCCGAACUAUUUCAAUAUAUAUAAAGAAUACUACAUAUUGGCUUUGAUCCUGACUUUCAUAGUAUUGAUCUAUGCAUUUUACUUCAUUCAAUAUUUGAUAGAGACCACAGACACAGUGGAGGUUCACAAUAAAACCAAAGACAAGAAGUACAUCUACGAACGGGCACUUCUAAUAUUUGAUCUGCACACAAUCCUUGUUGAAAAGUUUGCCACCUUAUUUUCGAUGACAGUCGGCCUGGUUGGUGCAGUCUGCUUGUGGUGUGUAUCUGUUUAUCGCAUGGCCAAGAGCAGGUUUUCUGGAAUCUGA